UCAUCUUUACCCAUAAUGCUUAGCAAAAUAUUAAGAAAGCUAGUGGGUCUUUCAAAGUAUUGGACAACAGUCUACUUUAAAUUACAUGUACAGUAAUUAGCAAAACACAACUAAAGUGUCUACUUUCAUUCACAUGUUGUAUCACAACAAUUUGAGAUAAACAAAAUGUACCGAAGAAUGUUAAGGCUAUGUGAACCCAGUGGCCUGUGUGGACCAUGUCUCUGAUCCUGUUUGCCCUGGUGGUGCGGGUCAGGGAUGGUCUGCCUCUCUCAGCCUCCACUGACUUCCAACACAACCCAGAGCUGCAGGAGAGGAAGCAGCAGCUACGGACCAUCUCCAAGGCCCUCAGCCUCUUCCCUGACAGAGGGGUGGUCAAGGGCCAUGACCUCAAUAUAUAUUUCCUCUCCAGUGAGGGCGUAUCCUACAUGAGCGUAUGUAACGCCAGGCUCCCUGCAGCCAUGGCCUUCUGUUUUCUAGAGGACCUGCGCUGGGAGUUCACAGCUCAUAUGGACAGCGCCAAGGUUGCCCUGGCAGCCAGGCCGUACCCCUUUCUGGAGUUCGACAACAGCAUAGCCUGGCUGCAGCAGCAGUAUAACCAGAGGGGUGGUCCAGCGCUGGAGGUCACUCUGACCGAGGUACAGGAGGAUCUGAAAAACCGCCCUUUGCAGAUCCUCACUUUGGAGGAGGUGGAGUUUACCAACGGGUCAGCCAAUGGCCACGCGGAACAAUUUUCUGAAUCCGGUCAGAACCAGAGGUUGGAGCCAGUGACCGCCCCAGGAAUCCUCUCACUGGUCCUCAACAUCAUGUGUUCUUCUCUAAACCUCAUCAGGGGAGUUCAUCUCAUAGAGUACACCUUCCAGGAUGAUUAUGAAGGAAUCUGGAACGUGGUGGCGUUUCUGCUGGCGUUCCUGUGCUGUGUUGGUCAGUGUCACCUGUAUCUGUUCCACUCUUCUCUGAAGAGGGUCAAGUCCCUGACACUGUUGAGUGUGGUUGUGGUCUGUAACUACUUCCUGUUUGGUCUGAGGAAUGUCUGGCAGCUGCUGUUCCACCUGGCGGUGGCUGUCCUCGUCACCCUCCUCACCCUCAACCGGAAACUACACGACAGAACCAAUGACUGUGGGGUCUGAAGGAGGGGGGACCAUUUAGUGCGUAGCACCAUCGCAGUAGGCCACGUACAGGCCGGUAGGGGAGGAAGAGGAUCCAACCCAGACAGACGUCUCCUAUCAUGUCCAGUGGGAUAUAACAUUGUUUUGUUUGUAUAAGGAUAAUUUGUUGCUUUAUUUCCAUGUUUAUUUGCACUGCGUGUACGUAGCGUCCCAGGCAGGUUUGAGGAGUAGUGGAGGCCCUAACCACGGGGGGGGGUGUUGGAUGGUCCUCAAAUCGUCUUUUAGAAAUGAGUUCCAGAUGAAGACAAUAGUUUUGAACAAAUUACUUGAAUGAUAUGAAUUUGUAAUACUGACUGUCUAAUUAAAGGGCAUUCGUGUGACAUUAGACUAUAGCCAGUCAGACAGUAGGUCUACAUUGGAUGAGGUAAUUGAGAUUACAUCAUCAGUGACGUAAAGAACACUCACUGUCCAAUCAGACCACUGCUGUAGCUCAGUAAGUGAUAAUCAACUACCAGUCUGAUUCUCCAGGGUCUAAAUGCAGCUAGUCUCACUAGAAUAGGAAAUGUACUGUGCUUUCAAUUCAAUUUGCUUCAUUGCAUUCUUUUGCAUUCUGUAGAAUUGACCAAUCAAAAUGUCUCACCAAAGUAUUUUCUGUUGUUUAUGCCGAAAGCUUCCCAAGCAGGAGGUGCUUGACAUAUCCCUCUAGUUUUACAACCACAACACUAGGUGUUAUUCCUCUUCAUGGUGGUCAGUAUUGAGGAGUUAAUAUAUAUUUUUUAGAUCAUGGUUUUAUACUUUACAUGGCUAAGUAAGACAUUAUAUUGAUAAUAUAAUACAUCUAAUUUGUUGUUCAAGAAGGCUGUUGGUAAUAGUAUGUUGCUUGGUAACAAUGGUUGUAGUUUCAUUUUUUUUCCUUAUAUCUAAAACAUAUGGAAAUUAUAAGUUAAAAUGAAUACAGAAACGUUUUAUAUUGUGUAUUUAAAAUAGAUUUUGUAACACCGUAAUAAUGUAGUGACAGUGUAUGUUGCUUUUUGUAGUCCUAAAACGAUAGAUCGAUCGAUUGAUGCUUUUGGGGCUUCUGAGUGGCGCAGCGGUCUAAGGCACUGCAUCGCAAUGCUAGAGGCGUCACUACAGACCCUGGUUUGAUUCCAGGCUGUAUCACAACCGGCCGUGAUUGGGAGACCCAUAGGGCGGCGCACAAUUGGCCCAGCGUCAUCCGGGUUUGGCCGGUGGUAGGCUGUCAUUGUAAAUAAGAAUUUGUUCUUAAUUGACUUGCCUAGUUAAAUAAAUAAAAAUAUAUAGAUGUGAUUUAGGCUCCUUCCAGUCUGUGAUAUUUCUCAUGUCUAGUCUAAGGGCCCUGUUCAUGUUUUUACAGCAAUCUGGUAAAUAAGAAAUAUAAUUAAUUUCAGCAGAAUUUGAGCUGAAAAGACAUAUUUGGAAGAAACUAUUUACCGCUUUUUCUAUGAUUGAGAGACAGUUUGAAUACCAAUUGUGAAUUGAAGAUUCAUACCCGCUCUACUGAAAUGAACAAAUCUUGGUGAUGUGUAGAUAUGUGUUCCUCAAGCACCUGAGCACUGGUAACGGAAUGUCCAAUCGUUUUAUAUCCAAGACCAGUGAGUUUGCACUACAGUUGGCUUGUUUAGUGUUAACUACUGAACUCAUCUGGUUGAGGGAACAAUGUGGGGGUUGCAGGAAGACCCCCCCCCCCAGGUAAAGCUGCUGUAACUGAUAGACCAAUAUGUUGAAUUAAUUUUUUUGUAUAAUUGAGUUUUGUUCUGUGUAAUGAUGGCUGCUUUAAUGUCAAGGAGUCCUUUACAGUUUCCUUAAAUUGUCAAUUGAAGUGGGGGAGAGAGCGUGUUAACGUUUCAGUCUACAAGGGGUAACAUUCAGGCCCUCCUUUUCAAAGUGUUGGGUGUCUUUCAUAACCGAAAUUGAUUCGAGAUACCUGUAUUAACACAUGGUUUACCUAUUGUGUGGUUUGUAUUUUCUAAAGUAAAAUAAACCCCAGUCUGAAAGGUGCA